UCAUUUGAGGUUAGUGGUUUGAAAUGGGCGGCCAAAAUGUCGGUAACCGGGUUUUUUUCCCGUUUCAACCCUUUUUGGAUCGAUGUGCCUGGAUGGGGACGCGAGCGGGCAGGCAAAGGGGGCCCUGUUUUGUUCCAGCAACGACCGGUGUCGCUGCGUUGACAGCGACUAAGUGUGUUUCUGGCGGCGGCAGCUAUCGUGAGGUUCCGCUCCAUUACUCCGACGCUUUUGUCUCGCCGUCGUUGACGGACAGCCGAUAAGGCGAUGCCGGCACGUUGUGCCCCCCUUAGGAAAUUACACGUGCUCCCCAUAUUGUGCUCGACUUUAUACAACCAACAUUACAUCUCCUAUGGGCGCAACCGGGUGCACCUGACACCGGCCUGUCACUGUCGCUGUCAUUGUCACGGAAAAACUGAAAAAAACCCCAAAUUUCCAGUGCCCCAACGCUCCCAAUGAGCAAGCGGGAAAUCAUCCAGAUUCACAUCGGGCAGGCGGGCGUCCAGAUCGCCAGCGCCUGCUGGGAGCUCUACUGCUUGGAGCACGGCAUCCAAGUGGACGGACGCUUCUUCCAAGGCUACGACGCGGCCGAUCACAGUUGCGACGCCUUCUUCAGCAUCACGGCGUCCGGCCAGGCGGUGCCGCGUGUCCUCAUGAUCGACCUGGAGCCAACCGUCAUAGACGAGAUCCGCACCAACUACUACAGGAACCUGUUCCAUCCGGAUGGACUACUCUCCGGCAAAGAAGACGCAGCCAACAACUACGCACGCGGUUGCUACGGAGUAGGGAAGGAGAUGUUGGAUCUGGCUCUGGAUCGCACGCGCCUGUUGGCCGACGACUGUCACUCCUUGCAAGGCUUCAUCCUGUUCCGGGCCUUUGGAGGGGGCACCGGUUCCGGCUUCACCAGCGCGUUCCUAGAGGCGCUGCGCAGCGACUACCGCAAGAGCUCCGUGCUGGACUUUUCCGUCUAUCCGGCGCCGCACAUUUCGCCCAUCAUUGUCGAGCCGUACAACGCCGUGCUGACCACCAACGGCUGCAUCGAGAACCAGGACGUCUGUUUCGUGAUGGACAACGAGGCCGUGUAUGAUAUCCUGGACCGGAAGCUGGACACGCCCCGUCCUACCUACACCAAUCCCAAUCGCCUACUCGGUCAGGUGGUGAGCGCCGUGACGGCGUCGCUGCGCUUCGAAGGCGCCGUCAACGUCAGUCUGGAUGAGUUCCAGACCAACCUGGUGCCGUAUCCGCGCAUCCACUUUCCCCUCAUCACCUAUGCACCGUUUGUGGCCGCCCACAAGGCCAUGCACGAACAACUGAGCGUCGCCCAGCUGACCAACUCCUGCUUCGAGCCGGCCAACCAGAUGGUCAAGUGCGACCCGCGCAAUGGCAAGUACAUGUCCUGCUGUCUGUUGUUCCGCGGCGACGUUUCGCCCACCGACGUCAACACCGCCAUCAACACGAUCAAAAGCAAGCGCUCCAUCCAGUUCGUGGACUGGUCGCCCACCGGCUUCAAGGUCGGCAUCAACUACAUGCCGCCCACCACUGUGCCGGGCGGCGAUCUGGCAACCGUCACCAGAGCGGUAACAAUGCUGUCUAACACAACGGCCAUCAAGGAGGCCUGGGAGCGGCUAUUGCGCAAGUUCGACAUAAUGUACCGGAAGCGCGCCUUUGUCCACCACUAUGUGGGCGAGGGGAUGGAGGAGGGGGAGUUUCAGGACGCCCGCGAAAACCUUGCCGCCCUCGUCCAGGACUACCAGGAAGUGGACAGUGGUUGACCUUGACUGAACCCCAAGACCCGCCAACUAGAUGAGUCGAUACUCAAACACUGAGAAUGACAACUGACAACAAUGAAUGUCACUGUGAAUAAACGAAGUAAACAGCG